UUCACACAUGACGCGGAGGAAUUUACUUUGAAAGGAGAAAAAAACAACAACCAGGAAGUCAAACAGAAGAGGAAACGCUCGCUGUUGUUUGAACAUACAACUCUGUAAACUAUUAAAAAAGGGGGUUUAAAAUACUUAUAAACAACAACAAUAACUUUAAACAAACUUCAUCCUCAUUUUGGGGCUCGAACGGGACUAUUUCCACCAACAUGGACAUUGAUCCGGAGCGAGGAGGAGCCGAGGCGGCGCCGGAGCCCAAAGACAAGGUUCAGACCCUGAAGGACCAGGUGGACGGGGUGAAGGACAUCAUGACGCAGAACGUAGACCGGAUCCUGGCCCGGGGGGAGAGGCUGGACGACCUGAUGGGGAAGUCAGAGGACCUGCAGCAAGGGGCUCAGCACUUCAAGCAGACGUCGGUGAAGGUGGCUCGUACCUACUGGUGGAAGAACGUGAAGCUGGUGGUGGUCAUCGUGGUGGUCGUCCUCAUCAUCGUGCUCAUCAUCAUCCUGCUCGCCACCGGAGUCAUUCCCAUCGGAAGCACCACAACUCCGCCCAGCAUCCCCACCAAGGCACCAUAAACACACACACACACACACACACAAUGUACAUACCAUCUUACAGUAAAACAGAAAGUAAUGUAUAGACUGAGAGAAUAACCGUUUGGUGAAACUGUUUCUGUCUCGAGCUUAUAAUGGUACCAGUGCUCCUAGUUUAUUGGCAAUUUAGUUAUUUAGAGUUAAUUUGAGAGAAACUGAACAAAAGUGUCAUCUGACGGCAGCAAAAACUGUCUCUGCUCAAAAAAAGUCAGCUCCUCUUUGUUAACGAUUAUUAUCCUUAAUUAUUACCCUGAAAAAAGUCACGUAAAGAGGCCCUGCUGUGCGUAUCGGGGGUUUGCUACUCCUGUAGUGUGUUCUAUAGUGUUGGGACUCCUUUGUUUCCUUACGGGCCAAAGUGACAUCACUACGUAACACUCACGCUACAACACAUUGUACCUGAUAGGCUAAGGGGUGGGACAUCUCUAAGCGGCGGACCAAUCAAUCACAGCAGAGCUAUCUGGGCAGUAUCCGGGCCUCUUUUUUAAAAGUGGAUUUCUGCAAUCCUUUACCAGGCAUUAUCAGUCUUGAAUGUAAACCCCCCCCCAUAUGCACCUUUACAACGGGGCGUUUGUCUAGUUUAAAAGAUAAAAAUGCAGUUUAAAAAACAUGUUUUCUGACAAAUCUUUAACUGUUAGGUCAGUGGAAGGUUUAAUUGUAUAUUGGAUAUGUUACUGUCUGUGGGCUUAUUAGUAUUAGUAGAAGUAUUCCUGCUGUCACUUUUCUCUGUAGUCAGACAAUCUAGAAAAGGGAAUCAUGUUAGAAGUUAUAUUUAAAUUGUAGGAACAUUUGUGCAAUCAGAUACUUGUUGGUUUGAGGAGAGGUUUGCGAUAUUAAUAAUACAGAGUCUUAAAAACUGUUAUCAGGCACAGAAAUCUAAUAAUUAACCUGUGGUGAGUUUCAAAACACUUUAACGCAAUCUGUGAAUGCACAUCAGAGUCUGAUUAGAGCUAGCAAAUAGAAAGCGGGGUAAAGCUAACAACCAAAGUUAGAAAUUGUCGAACAUUUCAAGGUUAAAAAACAACAUUUGCAGCUCUUUCGGAUUCCCCCCACCAAUACCAAAUGUCUAAAUAAAUGUCCCAGAUAUUGUCGCUGUGUGACUCCCCCUGACACACAAAUAGACUUACACACUUUUCAGUAGGUUUUGUACAAAGUAAGCUACGAAAGACAACUGUUUUGUCUGUCCGUUGAGUGUUUCCAGUGUUUAAGCUAGGCUAGGCUAGGCUAGGCUUGGCUUACCCGUGGCUAGCUGUAGCUUCAUAUCAAGCAUACAGACCGGCAAAUAACCCAAAGUGAACCGUGAAGAAUCUGCCAGUGGUCAACACAAACUGUAGUAGGUUCACAUUGACAAAAAGAUGUGUCUUUCUCAUCGGGGUUUGCACAAAUCAAGCAAAUGAGAUAGGAACUAUUUUUUAAAAUUGCUGUUUGUUUGGUGUUUUCGCUCUUUAAGCUAAGCUAACCAGUGGCUAGCUGUAGUGUAUAUUUACUGUAGAGACUCACAAACGCAGAAAAGGUAAAGAAAGGGUUUUAUUUCUAAUGUUUUCAGACACUUAUAAUACAAAUCGGAGCCUAAAACAAAAACGCUAGUGGAUUUACGUUGAUUAAAAAAAAAAGUUUACACUUCAGCCGAUUUUCUAUCCUUGACAAUCGACGGGUUUUUUUAAUCGCAAAUUGGUAAAUGUGAAAAUGAAAAAGCUACUAUUUUCAAAUCUGUUCCCACACAUCAGGUUCUUCCAUUAAUUAAAUAGUAAUAUACAUGGUAUAAAUACCCUGUGUCCUCCCUGCGGUUACAGUACCGGUUUAUCUCCUAAAAGGUCAAAAUAGUUCCCGUCCUGAACUGUAAAUAGUCGGCACAGUCUCUCCUCUUGUAUUGCAAAGUGUUAACGUGUUCUUAACGAGGCUGUUUAUUUAACGCUUCCUGUCUUCUUUCUUCUAAGCCUCAAUGAAUCAAUGGAGUGAUUUUUCAUUAGUCAGGUUGAUAAUCGUCCUAGAAGAAGCUGUGUUUUUGCGAUGCUCUGGGUGGAGUAGUUCUCCCAGUUCUCCCACUGACCGGGUUCAUGAUCACGUUCCUGUUGCACCAGGAGCGUCUGAUUUGAUCUGGAAACAGAGGAAAUAUGAAGAAUAAAUCCUGCUCAGCUGAUCAGUGUAACCUGAAUGUUUCACCAGCAGGGUUUUAUCGCAAUGACUUGUGAUGUUUAAUGGUUUUAAUGGUCCGGUAAUAAAUGAAUAGUAUUUA